AUGCAAGUGUUAAACCCCUUCCUUAACGCUUUCUUCAAGAGCCCUAUUGUUGCCCAGUGCUCCCCUGUGCACCACCAUAUUCUACUUGUUCCCCUGACGGAUGUGCUUCUCACGACCCGUGAAACCGAGAAUGGUGCUUCACUCCAAGAUACCGUUGCCUCGGAUGAGUUCCUCAGCAGCCACGUCCUUCGCAUUCUCGCCCCCGAAAAAGAUGUUGGGCAGAGCUUGCGAGAUGUGAGAGGGAAGGCCAAGCAAUUCUCGACCCUUAAUGGGAGAAGUGUCGUCAUUAAGGACUCGGUUGUAUACAGCAACAAAGGCUUCAAGUCCCUCGUGCAGGCCCAGCUCCUUAAUGAUGCCACCUGGUACCCUGACGUGUUCGAACCUCGACAAUGGCUGAUCUACUACAUCUCCAAACCCUUGGUAGGCACCUGGGAGGAAGUCAGGGCCACUCCCGCGGUCCAAACCCCGGAUAUUCGGCAGAUCAAGGCUAUGGAGCGACAGAAGGUUCAAAAUGGCGAGUCUGCCUCCAAGACUACAGGGCCACGCAAGAAAGAUGUUCAAAACUUCCACGAUUUACUCACCCACUUCCCCAUGAUUGCACGACAUAUGCGACCCAAUCUCGAGAACCUGUUCGUUGAAUUUUCCACAGUUGUCGAGAAGAAUUUUCCCUCUUCAUCGCCCUCCACAAAUAUUGUACCCGAUAGCAGCGCAGAAUGUCGCUCAGUUGUGGACAUGAGCGAGGGACUGCCUAGUAGCUUAACGACGCAAGACGACAGAGAAAGACCGGGUAGUUUACCAGUGAACGAAAACUUUUAUGCCGAAGACGACGAGGAUAUUAUGCGAGCGUCCCUGGAGACGGCUGUCACAACUGCCAUCGAUCUUUUCCAGAGCGUGGACAAACAACAGCUCUCCUUGCUCGGUGCCACGACGGACCUGACGGGCCCUCUUGUUGAGAAGCUGAUUGAGCGCUAUGUUACAGAACAUCUCCACCACCAGCUGUUUCCAAAGCUGAGCGGGUUACGGCGUCCCAUGGACCUAGAACUGGAGGCAAAGAUAAGACAUAUGGAGUAUAUCGACAUAACACAACUAGGACUGGAAAUCGAUGGCGGCUCCAAGGCCAAGCAUGACCUACUCGUUCAACUUUGCCCUGUCAUCGAAGAGUUCAAAAAAAUUACGCAUGCCCGUAGCCCCGCUGAGAUGAUGGACACUCUGCUAUCAACCAUGAAGUCAGUCUCGCAGCUGACCAACACUUCUAAACCUCAAGACGGGCACGAGCCGGCUUCCGAAAAAGCGAUGAUGACAGUCAACGCCGACACCCUAGUCUCGCUACUGCUUUACGUCAUCAUUCGAUCGCAAGUCAAGAAUCUCCAGGCUCGACUCAUCUACAUGCGGAGCUUCAUAUUCGUAGACGACAUCGACAGCGGUGAGAUGGGAUACGCAUUAAGCACCUUUGAAGCUGUUUUAUCAUACCUCAGCCUGGAUUCGGCCGGCCUGCGCAAGGCUAGCAAGAUAAACAAGUCUUUAUGGGAUGUCAUCAAACAUGGCAACCUUCAUGAACUGAAGAACAUCAUGGAGCCGAGCACGUCGGCUGUGGAGUGCGACGACCACAGUGAUUUUGGCGUGUCUCAUGCUGCUUCAAAAGCGACCCGAAGACCGUCGUUCAGCUGGGUCUUUACAAACGGCUCGUCCAGGAGACCAUCGUUUGCUCUCUCAGUCUCGGAUCGCUUCUCGCACGGGUCAAAUCUAAGCCACGUCUUUCCGUUCCAGUCAACUGGCGGAUACUCGCGAGACUUCCCUCCCGCAAAGAAAAUCAAGCGAGUAGCGAUGGACACCAGGAGUCUGUCGAGCAGUUCAGAACACUCGCUUCACUCAUGCACAGGAAGCAUUGGGACACUGGGAAGUGUCAUCGAGGGAGAUGUGUCGGUGGAAAGACUGGCGCGCACGGGGGACUCUUCUGGUGAAUCGAUACUCAUGAUGGCGGUGCAGAACGGGCAAGCAGAGUCGCUCCGGUACCUCCUUUCCCUCUCAGUCCACUUCCCCGUGGAGUUUGUUCUAGAGGAUAUGAACAACGAAGACACGUCGCUUCUCAGUGCUGCCAUACAGCUGGGACACAGCAGGAUGAUCGACAUGAUUUUGGACCACAUUAGCUCACUGGCAACGUGCGAACAGCUGGCCCGGUAUCUCUCAGAGCAAGACAUCUGGGGCCGCAGCGUCGGCCACUAUCUGUUCCACACACCCUCCCUGAUCGACCGGAUUGGCAGCUUAAUACCGUGGCGGCAACGUGAUAAGAAUGGUCAAACGCCGCUUUUUGCGCUGUGCAGGUCCUAUGACCACGCAAACUACCAUGACAUGAUCGAAAGUGGGCUCAGAGUAGCUCGUGAGGCGCAGGGUGAUCGCCUACCGCUGCACAUCGACGAACAUGUUGAUGGCAAGGGAAACACGCUCCUGCACAUUAUAAACGAGCCGAGACUAGCCUUGCGCAUCUUGCAAUGCUGUGAUGUGGAUGUCAACGCGACGAAUGACAGGCGCUUCACGGCGCUUAUGGUGGCGAGCAAGUAUGGGAGAUACGACAUGGUGAGGUGUCUCUUUGCCGACCCUCGCGUGGACGUGGGGGCACGAGAAAUGCGCGGACUCACGGCGGUUGAGCUUGCGAAAGACGACGAUGUUCGGAACAAGAUCGACGACCUGAGUCUAUUCAGCAUGCCCGUCGGCCGAGCCGGGCGCAUCACCAGCGUUGUCAGGGCCUUCUUUGUGGAAGACGGGAGCGUGCGGUUGGUUCUGAAGUCUGCAGCUCCAACAGACCACGACAGCUACACAGUGACGACGAGCCGGCGCUCGCUGAACGAGUUUGAGCAGCUGGCCCACCUCCUGGCGAGCGAGCACCCGGCAUCAUGGAUGCCGUCGAUCGCAGAUACAAGGUCACCAUUCCAGCUACCAACGAAGCCAUCUCGGGCGAUCCUGCGAGACAUACAGACGAGGAUGGACUGGUUCCUGAGGGUGAUGCUGGACCACCCAACCCUGGCGACGCACGAGAUGCUCUGGGAGUUUUUUCUCGUGCCCGAGUUGCAGCUGGACGUCAUGGAGCAGCGCACCAAGCUCAAGGCGGAGAUGAGACUGGAGAAGAUCAAGGAAGAGUUUGAGCCUGUGGAGGACGUGCGGGACGUGGAACAAUUCGUGAACCAUGCGCGGGAGAUGGUACGGGGCGUCAGCUUCUCCAUCAAGAACACAACUAGGAGAGCCAACGGGCUCGCGCUCGCGACCUGCGACAUGUACGACUCGAUCAUGUUGCUCCAUUGGCACGCGGCAGCCGCCGAGUACAUUCCAUCAUCGCACGCUCGUGCGCUGGAACGAUAUGGCCGGGCUCUGAUGCCGACACAGUCAAAUCCUCAGAGAACGCUGCACACGACGCUGCUUGCCAUGCAGUCGACCGUGCAGGCGAUGCUGUCAGCACUGGGCCGGCCGGGCAGUCUGAUCAGCCAAAUCUCGGCGGCCCAGAGGGAAGCUGACCGGAACGAGAACGUCGGUGGACGAGCAUCGCGAUGGCCUUUGGGCUUGCUGGACGAAACAAGGCAACGCCUUCAGGACGGGAAGAAGCAGCGUGCACGCAAAUGGCGCCAGGACGCAGAGAUGCUUUCGCGGGAGUUGCGGUUCACGCAACAGACAGUGGCGAGUGAGCUGGCAGGGUGGCAAGAAAUGCACGAAAAAAUGGGCCGGCAGGCGAUCCGCGAGUUUGCUCGAGGCAUGGUCGUGCAAGAGCGGAUGAGGCUGGAUGGCAUGAUUCGGGCCCUCAGCAAUGCGAAGCCUCUGCGACCGGGCGGCCCGGGUCUGUUGUCGGCGGUGAAGAAUGGCGCGUUAGCCGAGAGAGGGCUCGUGUAG